UCCGGAGGCUGGGCCGUGGGGAGCCGGAUCUGACGCUGGAGCAGGCCAGAGCCACGGUCGAGGGAGAGCUUUGAACCUGGGGAAUGACUGCAGAAGAGCUGCCCCUGCUAGAGGCAGGCUGGGGAGGGGUGUGUCUCACAGAGGGUCCAAGCAUGGCCCAGGCUCCCACAGCUGCCAAGGGCACUGUCCAGUGUCGGGGGGACAUCUCAAGUCCCCCGAGCCAAAGCGAAUCCAGGCUCCCACAUCUGCCAAGGGCACUGUCCAGUGUCGGGGGGACAUCUGAAGUCCCCCAAGCCAAUGCGAAUCCAGGCUCCCACAGCUGCCAAGGGCACUGUCCAGUGUCGGGGGGACAUCUCAAGUCCCCCAAGCCAAUGCGAAUCCAGGCUCCCACAGCUGCCAAGGGCACUGUCCAGUGUCGGGGGGACAUCUCAAGUCCCCCGAGCCAAUGCGAAUCCAGGCUCCCACAGCUGCCAAGGGCACUGUCCAGUGUCGGGGGGACAUCUCAAGUCCCCCAAGCCAAUGCGAAUCCAGGCUCCCACAGCUGCCAAGGGCGCUGUCCAGUGUCAGGGGGACAUCUCAAGUCCCCUGAACCAAUCAAUGUGAAUCCAGGCUCCCACAUCUGCCAAGGGCACUGUCCAGUGUCGGGGGGACAUCUCAAGUCCCCUGAACCAAUCAAUGUGAAUCCAGGCUCCCACAUCUGCCAAGGGCACUGUCCAGUGUCAGGGGGACAUCUCAAGUCCCCCGAGCCAAAGCGAAUCCAGGCUCCCACAUCUGCCAAGGGCACUGUCCAGUGUCGGGGGGACAUCUCAAGUCCCCUGAACCAAUCAAUGCGAAUCCAGGCUCCCACAUCUGCCAAGGGCACUGUCCAGUGUCAGGGGGACAUCUCAAGUCCCCUGAGCCAAUCAAUGUGAAUCCAGGCUCCCACAUCUGCCAAGGGCACUGUCCAGUGUCGGUGGGGACAUCUCAAGUCCCCCAAGCCAAGGCGUCUACUGCCACUUUGCAGCUGCCUGCCCUAUACACCCUGGCCCUGGCCUGGGAGCUCGGCUUCUGACCAAUAAGCAUCCUAGGGAAGGGGGAUGGGGCACGAUGACACGCAGGCUCCAGGAGCUGCCUCAGUGGGUCCCAGGUCAGCCCCGCGCCCAGUGAGCAUGGCCCGGCCCCGCCUCGGGUAGCAAGGUGGUGAGCUUGGAGAUCGCCAGCUUUGGCAACCUGGGCUUCGGAAGGAACGCGUGGGAGAGGGCUUCUGGGCUUGGCAGCAGGUGGAGGCUGCGGGCCAGGACAUGGCGGAUGCCAGCCAUCCGGGGUGCUUCCGGGAGCACUUCCGCUUGCCUGGGUAUUCUGCCAGACCAGAUCAGCAGGCUCCCCAGUGCUCAGGGCUGGGCAGGGCCCACUGCGUGUUUGGGUGAGGAUGGAAGGUGGAGAUUUAGGGCAGAGGGCUGGUCAGGCCAACCCUGGGGAGCGGGAGUUUGGAGAGAGCACCCCGUCCCAGGCAGCCACAGGGCAUCAGCCUCGGCUGUGUGCUCCUAGGGGCCCGGCCAUGGCGGGCGCUGCGGCGGUGCCGGUGGGCACCUGCAGGAGCUCUUGAGGGGCAGCAGCUCCUCUCGCCUUGAUGGCCCCACCCCCAGGCUGCCCAAGGUCAGAGACGCACAAGCCACUGACCGUUCACACAGUCACGCUCGUGCCCAACACAUCUGGCUGGACUGGAAUGCAGGCGGCUGGACAGGCAUAGCCCGGCCCUCACUGCUUCCUCAGGGCUGGACCUGGCGAGGCCUCUGCUCAGGACUGGGCCCCUGGGCCCCUGGACCCCUCGGCCAAGAUGGGCUGGCAGCCCAGGUUGAGGGCCCUUCCUCCUCCUCCUCCUCCUUUUUGUGUCUGCCCUCUCCCUGGGAUCUUGCCCCUUCCGAGGGCUAGUGGGUGGUGCCAGGCUGGCCACUCCAGUCCAGCAGCCUGGGCAGGAGUGGCCUUUGCAAGGCCACAGCAGGCUCCAUGGGGGGCACACCCACUUGGUUCCCCAGCACACACUCGCACCACGCCUGCCCAUGGGCCCGCCCCAGGCCACAUCUAGGUCAGGUCUGGACACGACUUCCUGGGAGAGGCAGAGACAGGUGCUGCUGGCUGGGCAGCCAUGGCUGGGGGCGUGUGGGGCCGGGCCCGGGGUGCCCCUGUGGGGGCCCUAAGUCUGACAGCUCUGGCUGAAGGGAUCCGGGCCAGCCAGGAGCAGAGCCCGGGACCCCCUCCCACAGGCCCCCAGCCUCAGCCCCAGGAGCUUGAAGCCGAAGCUGAGGUCCAGGCUGCCACCCCCACCCCUGAGGCUGAGCAGGAAAGUGGAGCAUCAGCCCUCGGCGUCGGCAGUGAGCCCUGCUCCCCCCACGGCACCCAGGAGCCGGCCCCCGAGGGCCCCUACCAGGGGUCCUGGGAUGAAGGGGCUCUCGCUGACCUCGCGCUGUACACGGCUGCCUGCUUGGAGGAGGCCGGCUUUGCGGGGACCCAGGCCACGGCGCUCACCCUGUCCUCGGCCCUGGAGGCCCGGGGGCAGCGCCUGGACGACCAGGUGCACACCCUGGUGCGUGGGCUGCUGGCGCAGGUGCCCAGCCUGGCCGAGGGGAGGCCGCGGCGGGCGGCCGUGCGGGUGCUGAGCGCGCUGGCCCUGGAGCACGCGCAAGACGUGGUGUGCGCACUGCUGCCGCGCUCCUUGCCUCCAGACCGGGCGGCGGCCGAACUGUGGCGAAGCCUAAGCCGGAACCAGCGCGUAAACGGGCAGGUGCUGGUGCAACUGCUGUGGGCGCUGAAGCGCGCCACGGGGAGCGAGCUGGAGGCGCUGGCGGCCACGCGGGCGCUCGGGGAGAUGCUGGCCGUGUCAGGCUGUGUGGGAGCCACGCGGGGCUUCUACCCACACCUGCUACUCGCGCUGGUCACGCAGCUGCACCAGCUGGCCCGGGGCGCGCGCUCCCCCGACUCCCCUAAGGUUUGGGCCCCGACUCACCGAGGGCCACCGCACAGCCACGCCAGCUGCGCUGUGGAGGCCUUGAAGGCCCUGCUCACUGGGGAUGGAGGCCGCAUGGUGGUCACAUGCAUGGAGCAGGCGGGAGGUUGGAGGAGGCUGGUGGGAGCCCACACCCACCUGGAGGGCGUCCUGCUGCUGGCCAGACUUGCUGCCCCGGCUGCGCAGCGCCGACGUCCCGCAGCGCCUCACGGCCAUGGCCUUCUUCACUGGGCUGCUGCAGAGCCGGCCCACCGCACAGCUGCUGCGGGAGGAGGCCAUCCUGGAGCGGCUCCGAACCUGGCAACAAGACCCCGAGCCCACCGUGCGCUGGCUGGGGCUGCUCGGCCUCGGCCACCUGGCGCUCAAUCGCGGGAAGGUGAGGGCGGGGCCGGCACGGGCCGGGCGGGGCCGGGCGGCUCCGCGAGGGCUCGCGAGUGUCUGUCCCCGCAGGUGCGGCACGAGAGCACGCUGCUGCCGGCGCUCCUGGGCGCGCUGGGCGAGGGCGACGCGCGGCUCGUGUGCGCGGCGCUGGGCGCGCUGCGGAGGCUCCUGUUGCGGCCGCGGGCACCCGUGCGGCUCCUGAGCUCCGAGCUGGGCUCGCGCCUCCCACCGCUGCUGGACGACGCCCGGGACUCGGUGCGCGCCUCGGCGAUGGGCCUCCUUGGGACGCUGGUGCGUCGGGGCCGGGGCGGGCUUCAGGUGGGGCUGCGCGGGCCCCUGCGGAAGCUGGUGCUGCGGAGUCUGGUGCCUCUGCUGCUGCGUCUGCACGACCCCAGCCGGGACGCCGCUGAGAGCUCAGAGUGGACGCUGGCCCGCUGUGACCAGGCCCUGCGCUGGGGCCUGCUGGAGGAGGUGGUCACUGUGGCCCACUACGACAGCCCCGAGGCCCUAAACCGCGUCUGCCACCGCCUGGUCCAGCGACACCCCAGCCACGUGCACCACUUCCUGAGCCAGGCCCAGGGCUACCUGCGCAGUCCCCAGGACCCCUUGCGGCGGGCGGCCACCGUGCUCACCGGCUUCCUCGUCCAUCAUGCCAGCCCCAGCCGUGUCACCCAGGACCUACUGGACUCCCUGCUCCAGGACCUGGGCCAGCUGAAGAACGACCCACUGCCCACAGUGGCCGCAGCGGCGCACGUGACUGCCCAGCAGGUAGUGCUGCUGGCCCGGGCGCAAGGCCGGCCCCAGGGCCACCUCCUGCUCCGCCUGGCCCGGUGGCGCAGGGCCCAGCCUGCCCGACAGCCGCCCGUCUAUGACGACAGCCCCUUCCAGCGCCGGAGCCUGGCUGACCGCUGGGGCUGCCCAGGUCCCCGCGGUACCUAACCUGGGACACGUCGGCGGAAUGCCCGAGGCUGGAUGCAGGUGUCUGCUGCCUUGGGACCCUUCUCUGGGCCGUGGCAGCCGUGUGACCAAGGGCCAGGCGGUGCCUUCUGUCCGGGCCAUUUCACCCUCGGCCCCUGCCCCUUGCGUGCAGGGGGCCACCCCCAGCCAGGCUCGCUCUCCUGGUCCUCGGAUGUGCCUGGCACCCCAGCCUGGGGCCUGGCAGCUGACCCGUACGGCUCCUGGACUCCCGCGCCACAGUGGCCUGCUGGGGCCUCCUUGUCACCCACUCCUCGCUGCCGUCCUGAGGUGCCCGCCUGAGAGGAGCUGACCUGCUGUCCCUCACCCACUGGACCCCACUGGCCACCCCCCGCCUGUCCUGGUGGGUCCUCCCUGAGUGCGGUCUCCUCUGAAAGGUGGCACUGAGCAGCACAGCACAGGCCAGGACCACACCGUGGGGUCAGGUGACCAGGCCGGGACACUGCUGGCAGCACCCUGUGCCCUGGCUGAGCGCGCGGGGAGAGGCCCUGGGGAGCCCCCGCCGCCGGGAGUCUCCCCCCCAGCCGCUGGCCCUGGCCGGGUCCCACCUGGAACGCCUGCCCACAGGACGUGUGCACGGCCUGGGAGGGGUGAAGCACUUUAAGCGAACAGACGGGGCCUGCGUUGUGGUUAAACAGCUGCUUACAGGGCCGCUAUCGCACGGGGCGCUGGUUCAAGUCCCAGCCACUCCACUUCCCAUCCGUCUCGGUGCUGGUGGCCUGGGAAGGCAGAGGAAGAUGGCCCAAGUGCUUGGACCCCUGCACCCGCGUGGGAGACACGGAUCUGGCUUUUGCAACCAUUCUGAGCAGUGAACCAGCAGAUGGGAGGUCUCUCUGCAAAUACAUCUUACGAAAUGAAGGAAGUGUGUAGA